AUGGCCUCUGAGAGGAGUGUCUUUCAGAUCUCAGGCCCCACGCAUUUGACUCAAGUUGACUGGUACUUAUCAUUUUCGACGUUUACUCUCAUAUUGUUAAAGACAAUAAGGUAUCUUUUGUUUUCUUUAGAAGGCAUAAAUUUUCGUUUUGCUCUUGAUCUAAAUAGAAACAGAAUUCUUAUUACUGAAUCCCUCCUCCCCCUCGUUGUGGAGGGAUUAUCAAUGAAAGUGCAUGUGGCUCGCUCCAAUUGAAAGUAGUACGGUCAUGUCUACACUGUUUUAGCAUUCCACCGGUGUGAGCACCUGUUAAUCAGUGUGGAAACGCAGAUGCGUUUGGUCAACGGCUCCGAUCCGAAACAUGCACCUGAAAAAGUUGGCAAAGUGGCAGAACGUAAAGUCAGUAUCCGUAGGCCAAGCAUUAUGAUCCAAAUGCAUUUCAGUUGGAUGCUCCAACACUAAUGCUCAUUAUUCGCACAACUUUUUCUUCAAUUAUCUUCCAGCAUCUGGAGAGGUUUUUCUUUCUCAUGUUUUGACUCUGAACUUUAGAUUGAGGAUUUGGUGCAUGAUGGUCCAGAAAUUACUGAAGCAGCAUGAAAUUUUCAUCCAGAAAUUCUCUUCUGGAACAUCAUUUUUGUAGUGAUGAUAUAAAAAUUUACGCAAUCUAUGGCUACAUGAAUCAUUUUUAGCCUUUCCUUGUCGAAAUACAUCAUCUUGUUCAAGGAUUUCAUGUCUUAAAUUCAAAUUUUGUGGAUAACGAAAGCAAGUCGCAUCCUCCUUGGUAUUAUGAAAUCUUAGCAUGUAGAAGAACAUGCAUAGGUUGAUCUCUCACCUAUCCAUUUUCUGUUUUCACAUAAACACUGCUGCUCUUGUGUUCUCAGAUCUAUGCUGGCCUCGAGGGUCAUAAAACUUAUACACCUUGCAUGGGAUGCAGUAUCUAUGACUUGGUUUGGAUUUGAUGAUUUAUUUUGCGCUUCAGAGAGCUUUCAUUCCUCUGAUAAAUGAACAGCAACAGUUAAAAUAGGGGGGGGUGGGGGGUGGAUAGCUUGGCCAUAACAGCAAAGUGAUUUUUUCAUGUCAAACAGGGGAUGCGCACAUCAUCGGAGAUCAGUUGCAGCCAGUCUAGUCCAGGGUGUAUAUGUUCUCGAGAAUGACCGCCAGCAGAAUCGCCCAGAACACGAAGCUCUGGCACCGGCUUGGUGGGAAUUCUUCCACUUCCAGUUAUUCCGUAAACUUGUGGAUGACGCCGAUUUAUCCAUUUUUGGUGCUGUUUAUGAGUUCAAGCACCCGUCUUCCGUCCAGAAUCCCUCAAUCUCUAGUGCCCCAAGAUAUGUCCUGGCCUUUCGGGGCACCAUGACCAGGCCAGAUUCCUUUGCCAGAGACCUUGAACUCGAUAUCCACUUCAUUCAACAUGGCCUCCAUACCACUUCCCGGUUCGAGAUUGCCAUGCAGGCCGUCCGAAACCUGGCGUCUGCCACCGGAAGUUCCAAGAUCUGGCUGGCAGGGCAUUCUCUGGGAUCAGCUCUGGCGACACUCGCGGGGAAAAACAUGGCCAAGGCAGGCAUACUCAUUGAAUCGUUCUUCUUCAAUCCGCCAUUUGUCUCUGCUCCCAUCGAGAAAAUCAACGAUAAGAAGCUGAAGCAGGGGCUCCGGAUUGCCGGCAGCUUCAUCACUGCGGGGCUUGCCCUGGCUAUGAAGGACCGUGGAGGGAGGUCUGCAGAAACAUUCACAGCUCUGUCCGUAUGGGUGCCUAAGCUCUUUGUGAACCCAUCUGACUACAUCUGUUCUGAGUACGUCGGGUAUUUUCAACACCGGGAGAAGAUGGAGAAGAUGGGGAUUGGGCAUGUCGAGAGGAUCGCCACCCAGCAUUCGAUCGGUGGCCUAAUCCUUGGUGCCUUUGGGAAGGAGUGCGACCCAAUACACCUGCUUCCAUCCGCAGAUUUGACUGUCAAUUUGAGCCCUUCACCGGAUUUGAGGACCGCCCACGGGAUUCACCAGUGGUGGAGGCCAGACCUGAAUCUGCGCCGCACCCACCAUCUCUACAGGGAGCAGGACCGUUUACUCGGAUGA